CCUCCCCAUCUCAUCAUGACAUCUAUCGCGGAGGGACUUUUCAAAUCCCUCCCUAAGCCGAAAUAUACCGGCGAGGAGGAGGAUUUACCACAGCAUGCCAGCCCCGUGGUCCGCGGGUGGUGGGCCCGAGCAGCUGGACGAGACGCAGGUUGUUUUGAGGAUGGGCCGCAAAGGGACAUCGUCCAAGUCGAACGCGCUAGCCGUGCAAGUCGACGCGGAAGGCAAAGUGAAAUACGACGCCAUCGCCCGCCGCGGCCACAGCGAUGACCGCAUCGUGCACGCCUCCUUCAAGGACCUGAUCCCGCUGCGCCAGCGCGUCGACAUGGGCGAGAUCUCGCUGGACCGUCCGUCGGAGGAGCAGGUGGCUGAGCAGAUGGAGAAGACUAAGAACGCGCUGGCUAGCUUGGUGGACGGUGCCGUGCAGGCGCAGAAGCCGAAGAAUGUUAAGGGUGGACGCCAUGGAUCGUCGACCGCCAGCAUGAUCCGAUGGAGCGGCCUAAGUUUAAGCAUAAGAAGAUCCCCCGUGGCCGCCUUCGCCUCCGCCUCCGAUUUUGCACUCCCGCCCCGGAAGCUCACCGCUGAGGAUCAGGAGGCGUGGAAGAUCCCCCCGCCUGUGUCGAACUGGAAGAAUCCCAAGGGUUACACUGUGCCGCUGGAUAAGCGUCUUGCGGCUGAUGGCCGCGGCUUUGCAGGAUGUGACUAUCAACGACAAGUUCGCGCAAUUCGCGGAGGCGCUGUUCACGGCGGAUCGCCACGCCCGCGAGGAGGUGCGGGCUGCGUGCCCAGAUGCAGCAGAAGCUGGCCGAGAAGGAGAAGGCCCAGAAGGAGGAACAUCUGCGGGCGUUGGCUCAGAAGGCGCGCGAGGAGCGCGCGGCAGCUCCGCCAGGGCGGUGGUGGUGGUGGCGGUGGUCGUGCGUCGUCCCGCAGUGUCAGCCGCAGCCCGUCGCCGUACUACUCGUCGCGCUCGGGCGUCGCCCGGACAGUGCGGACGAGGCGGCCCGCGAGCGGGAGCAGUUGCGUCGCGAGCGGCGCCAGGAGGCGGAGCGCGAGCUGCGGCAGUCGCGCAUGGGCACGGAGCGGAAGAUCCAGGCGAUGGCGCGCGAGCAGAAACCGCGACAUCUCCGAGAAGGUGGCGCUGGGACUGGCCAAGCCGACGCAAGUCGUCGGAGGGCAUGUGGGACUCGCGACUGUUAACCAGAACGAAGCGGGAUGGACUCGGGCUUCAACGAGGAUAACCCUUACGAUAAGCCAUUGGGCUGAGGGCGAAGGAGGGAUUCCGCGUGCGGCUGAUGCUGAGACUCGCGACGGCCCCGUGCAAUUCGAAAAAGACACAGCCGACCCGGAUCCGGAUCGGGAGCUGGGCAGAAGCGCUACGGGAUCCAGGAGGGCCGAGGGUCGUGGAUCGAAGCGGGCUCGAGUGGACGAGGAAUGAGCCUGAGCCUUCUGUUGUUGCUUGUAUAUUGCUUUACUUCUUCUUUGUGUGUGUCGGAUUGUGCAUUGCGGGCGUUUGUUUUGGACUGAUAUAGUUUUCCUUUAUCGAAAGGAAAUAUCAUGCGCUGUUGUUUUUCUU